AUGGCGACGACGAAGACGACAACCCCUAUCACACCCGACGCGGGCGAGCGUCCCGUGCAGCCGACGGUAACGGCGACCCCGGUGCAACGCAGCGCUCUGCGGCCGGGCGUCGCUGCCGUCGGUGGGUACAAUCGCGACGACGUGUUUGUGUGGGUGCCGCCCGCCGAGGACCCGCGCCUCGCCGCCGAGUGGCGUGGCAUCGUCGCUGCAAAAAUCAAGCUCGUCGAGCGGUUCGAGUUUGGGGGCAAGAUUCUACACGAGUACAUUGACGAGCUCAAAGAGGAGCUCCACGGCGUGCGUAGCGUCAUGUUUCCUUGAUUUGAUUCGCCAAAAGUAGCCGUAUUUCCGUUCUGUGAUUUCACCACAUACAUUUCGUCACUAUCGCC